GAGAUCGAGGCGUUUUAUAUUUGAACGAGACGGGUUGUCGAGGCGGACAAAGCACAAAUUGAUAUUGUCUGCAGUUAAAAUUUUUUUGGGUGACAGCAAACGAGAAAGAAGGAGAGAUAGUGCAUGUUUGUUUCAAAAGAAGGAGUGCAAAAUAAACGACAACAACAAACACAAGCCGAGUGGAGAGUAGUGUCCCAAAAGCAGCAAUAACAACAAUAUGGCAGGCCCGAUCAGGCUAUAGCCCAUACUGUUUUUCCUUCCAAAAAAAUAAUAUCAAACCACAAGCAAAAAAGCCGAAAGGAAAACCCAAAGGAAAAACAGCAAAUAAUUCGCGAGUGUGUGCGUGUAUCGGUGUAUCGGUGCGUCUCUCUCAGUGUGUGUGUGCGUGCGUGUAAUCGUCGGGAGAGAGCGCGGAAAAGGAGCGUCUCGUGUCCGUUGAAGAAUUUGAAUAUCGUUUCCCUCCUGUUCCAGCUGCAAAAAUAUUUGCCACUAUUAUUGUUGGUUUUUUUUUGUUAAUUUUUUUUUGGUUGCGUGGAAAUGUCGCCGUCGCUGUUGUCGUCGUUGACGUCUCUGCAAGCGUCGGCGUUGUCGGGAGCGCGACUCUUUUCAAAUGUUCUGCCCGCCUGGCUCUUAAAUACAUAGAAAGAGGUGAAGGAGAAGGAGAGGGGGAAAAGGUGCAACAUUAACUAACGAGAUUUGAAAGAGAAACAACAAUAAAUACAGUGCAACAACAUAAGCAACAAAAGCGAACUGAAACAAAACACACAGAAAACACACACACAUACACAAAAAGAAUUGGGCAAAGAAAACAGCAACAGCAACUGGAAAGGAAUACUAAUACUGGAAAACUGGAUUACAAUGCAUUUGCAGCGCAGCAGACAGCGCAGUCGCGCAUUCACUUGGAUUAACAAAAUGUUCGCUCUGCCGCUGCUGACGCUGACGCUGAUGCUGGCGUUUGCAAAUUUACCGAGCAGCGUCCAAGGAACGGAUACCGCGUUGAUGGCCCGAUCCUGCACACAUAUGGGCUGCCAAAAUGGCGGCACUUGCAUCACACAGAAUAACGGCAAAUCCUAUUGCACUUGCGAUUCACGUUAUGUCGGCGACUACUGCGAAUACCGCAAUCCGUGCUCGACGGUCCGUUGCCAGAAUGGCGGCACCUGCCAGAAGACCUUUGGCAAUGGCGGCAUCUCGCCCGGCUUCUCCUGCAAGUGUCCGCUCGGCUUUAACGAGUCGCUCUGCGAGAUUGCGGUGCCGAAUGCCUGCGAUCGUCAUCGAUGCUACAACGGCGGCACCUGCCAGCUGAAGACCCUCCAGGAGGCGACGUGCGCCUGUGCCAAUGGCUAUACGGGUGAACACUGCGAGACGAAGAAUCUGUGCGCCAGUUCGCCCUGUCGCAAUGGUGCCACCUGUACGGCUCUGGCCGGCAGCAGUAGCUUCACCUGCACCUGUCCGCCUGGUUUCAUGGGACGCACCUGCGCCGAGGAUGUCGAGGAGUGCCAGUCGAAUCCGUGCAAGUACGGCGGCACCUGUCAAAAUACACAUGGAUCCUACAACUGCGUGUGUCCCACGGGCUACAAGGGCAAGGACUGCGACGAGAAGUACAAGCCCUGCAAUCCAUCGCCCUGCCAGAACGGUGGCAAUUGCCGUUCGAAUGGCCUCUCCUACGACUGCAAAUGCACCACAGGCUUCGAGGGUAAGAACUGCGACCAGAAUAUCGAUGACUGCUCGGGUAACAUGUGCCAGAAUGGGGCGACCUGCAUCGACGGCAUCAACGACUACCGAUGCAGCUGUCCGCCGAACUUCACGGGCCGCUUCUGCGAGGACGAUGUGGACGAGUGCGCCCUGCGUCCGGCCGUGUGCCAGAACGGAGCGACCUGCACAAACACCCACGGAUCGUACAGUUGCAUCUGUGUGAAUGGAUGGGCCGGCUCGGACUGCAGCGAGAACAUCGACGACUGUGUGCAGGCGGCCUGCUUUUACGGUGCGACCUGCAUCGAUGGCGUCGGCAGCUUCUACUGCCAGUGCACCAAGGGCAAGACGGGGCUGCUGUGCCACCUGGACGAUGCGUGCACCUCGAAUCCCUGCCACGAGGACGCCAUCUGUGACACAUCGCCGAUCAAUGGCUCGUACGCGUGCUCCUGCGCCACCGGCUACAAGGGCGUCGACUGCUCCGAGGACAUUGACGAGUGUGACCAGGGCUCGCCGUGCGAACACAACGGCAUCUGCGUGAACACGCCCGGCAGCUAUCGGUGCAACUGUUCGCAGGGCUUCACGGGUCCCCGCUGCGAGACGAACAUCAACGAGUGCGAGUCGCAUCCGUGCCAGAACGAGGGCAGCUGCCUGGACGAUCCGGGCACGUUCCGGUGCGUCUGCAUGCCGGGCUUCACGGGCACCCAGUGCGAGAUCGACAUUGACGAGUGCCAGUCGAGUCCCUGCCUGAACGACGGCACCUGCCACGACAAGAUCAACGACUUUACGUGCAGCUGUGCGUUGGGCUUCACGGGCGCCCGCUGCCAGAUCAAUAUCGACGACUGCCAGUCGCAGCCGUGCAGGAAUCGGGGCAUCUGCCACGACUCGAUAGCUGGCUACAGCUGCGAGUGUCCGCCGGGCUACACGGGCACCAGCUGCGAGAUCAACAUCAAUGACUGCGACUCGAAUCCGUGCCACCGGGGCAAGUGCAUCGAUGGCAACAACAGCUUCACGUGCCUCUGCGAUCCCGGCUACACGGGCUACAUCUGCCAGAAGCAGAUCAACGAGUGCGAAUCGAAUCCGUGCCAGUUCGAUGGGCAUUGCCAGGACCGUGUGGGCAGCUACGUCUGCCACUGUCAGCCGGGCACGAGCGGCAAGAACUGCGAGAUCAAUGUGAACGAGUGCCACAGCAAUCCGUGCAACAACGGCGCCACCUGCAUCGACGGCAUCAACUCGUACAGCUGCCAGUGUGUGCCCGGCUUCACGGGCCAGCAUUGCGAGAAGAAUGUGGACGAGUGCAUCAGCAGUCCGUGCGCCAAUAAUGGCGUCUGCAUCGAUCAGGUGAAUGGCUACAAGUGCGAGUGCCCACGGGGCUUCUACGACGCCCACUGCUUGAGCGAUGUGGACGAGUGCGCCUCGAAUCCGUGCGUGAACGGUGCUCGCUGCGAGGACGGCAUCAACGAGUACAUCUGCCACUGUCCGCCGGGCUACAACGGCAAGCGCUGCGAGACGGACAUCGACGAGUGCAGCAGCAAUCCGUGCCAGCACGGCGGCACCUGCUACGACAAGCUGAACGCCUUCGCCUGCCAGUGCAUGCCCGGCUACACCGGCCAGAAGUGCGAGACGAACAUCGACGACUGUGUGACGAAUCCGUGCGGCAAUGGCGGCACCUGCAUCGACAAGGUCAACGGCUACAAGUGCGUCUGCCGGGUGCCCUUCACCGGUCGCGACUGCGAGAGCAAGCUGGACCCAUGCGCCAGCAAUCGGUGCCGCAACGAGGCCAAGUGUACGCCCAGCUCCAACUUCCUGGACUUUGCCUGCACCUGCAAGCUCGGCUACACGGGCCGCUACUGUGACGAGGACAUUGACGAGUGCGCCCUCAGCUCCCCCUGCCGGAACGGUGCCAGCUGCCUGAACGUGCCCGGCUCCUACAAGUGCCUCUGCACCAAGGGCUACGAGGGACGCGACUGUGCCAUCAAUACGGACGACUGCGCCUCGUUUCCGUGCCAGAACGGCGGCACCUGCCUGGACGGCAUCGGGGACUACAGCUGCCUGUGCGUGGACGGAUUCGAUGGCAAGCACUGCGAGACGGACAUCAACGAGUGCCUGAGCCAGCCCUGCCAGAACGGGGCGACGUGCAGCCAGUAUGUGAACAGCUACACGUGCACCUGUCCGCUGGGCUUCAGCGGCAUCAAUUGCCAGACGAACGACGAGGAUUGCACGGACAGCUCCUGCCUGAACGGCGGCAGUUGCAUUGACGGCAUCAACGGCUACAACUGCAGCUGUCUGUCGGGCUUCUCGGGCGCCAACUGCCAGUACAAGCUGAACAAAUGCGACUCGUCGCCCUGCCUGAACGGUGCGACAUGCCACGAGCAGCGGGACGAGUACACGUGCCACUGUCCCAGCGGCUACACGGGCAAGCAGUGUGGCGACUAUGUGGACUGGUGCGGCCAGUCGCCGUGCGAGAACGGUGCCACCUGCAGCCAGAUGAAGCAUCAGUUCAGCUGCAAGUGCUCCUCCGGCUGGACGGGCAAAUUGUGCGACGUGCAGACCAUCUCCUGCCAGGAUGCCGCCGACCGGAAGGGCUUGAGUCUGCGGCAGCUGUGCAACAAUGGCACCUGCAAGGAUCAUGGCAACAGUCACGUGUGCUACUGCUCGCAGGGCUAUGCGGGCAGCUACUGCCAGCAGGAGAUCGACGAGUGCGCCUCCCAGCCCUGCCAGAAUGGCGGCACCUGCCGGGAUCUGAUUGGGGCCUACGAGUGCAACUGCAGGCAGGGCUUCCAGGGGCAGAACUGCGAGCUGAAUAUCGAUGAUUGUGCGCCGAAUCCGUGCCAGAAUGGCGGCACCUGUCACGACCUGGUGAAGGACUUCAGCUGCAGCUGUCCGCCCGGCACACUGGGCAUCAUUUGUGAGAUCAAUCAGGAGGAUUGUGUGCCCGGCGCCUGUCACAACAAUGGCAGCUGCAUCGAUCGCGUCGGCGGCUUUGAGUGCGUCUGUCCGCCCGGCUUUGUGGGCGCCCGCUGCGAGGGCGACAUCAACGAGUGCCUCAGCAAUCCGUGCUCCAAUGCCGGCACCCUCGACUGUGUCCAGCUGGUGAACAACUAUCACUGCAACUGCCGGCCGGGCCACAUGGGCCGCCACUGCGAGCACAAGGUCGACUUCUGUGCGCACAGUCCCUGCCAGAAUGGCGGCAACUGCAACAUACGGCAGAGCGGCCACCACUGCAUCUGCAACAAUGGCUUCUACGGCAAGAACUGUGAGCUGAGCGGCCAGGACUGCGACUCGAAUCCCUGCCUCGUCGGCAACUGUGUGGUGGACGAUGACGGCUUUGGGUAUCGGUGCGAGUGCCCGCGCGGCACCACCGGCGAACACUGCGAGGUGGACACACUGGACGAGUGCCAGCCGAAUCCCUGCCAGCAGGGUGCCGCCUGCGACAAUCUGCUCGGCGACUAUGACUGCCUCUGUCCCAGCCGAUGGAAGGGCAAGCGGUGUCACGUCUACGAUGCCAGCUAUCCGGGCUGGGGCGGCAGCUCCAGCAGCUCGCUGGAUCGCUAUAAGGCCGAUCUCGAACAGCAGCGGGCCAUGUGCCAGCAGCGGGGCUGCCAGGAGAAGCAGGGCAACGGCAUCUGUGAUGCCGAAUGCAACAGCUAUGCGUGCAACUUUGAUGGCAACGACUGCUCGCUGGGCAUCAAUCCGUGGGCCAAUUGCACCGGCCCCGAGUGCUGGACCGUCUUCAAGAACGGCAAAUGCAACGACGAGUGCAACAACGUGGCCUGCCACUUCGAUGGCCACGACUGCGAGCGCAAGCUGAAGAGCUGCAACUUCCUGUACGACGCCUACUGCCAGAAGCACUACGGCGAUGGCGUCUGCGACUACUACUGCAACAAUGCCGAGUGCAGCUGGGACGGGCUGGAUUGCGAGAAUAAGACACAGUCGCCGCAGCUGGCGGAGGGCGCCAUGUCCGUUGUCAUGCUGAUGGAUGUCGAACAGUUUCGGUCGCUGCAGGCGCAAUUUUUGCGCAACAUCAGCCACAUGCUGCGCACCACGGUCCGCAUGAAGAAGGACUCCUUGGGCCGGGACAUGAUCAUCAACUGGAAGGACACGGUGCGCAUGCCCGAGAUCGAGGACUCGGAAUUUGGGCGCAAAAACAAGAUCCUGUACACGCAGCAGGGCUACAAGACGGGCAUCCAGAUCUACCUGGAGAUCGACAAUCGCAAGUGCACCGAAUGCUUUCAGCAUGCGGCCGAGGCGGCCGAAUUUCUCGCCGCCACAGCGGCCAAGCACCAGAUCAACGCCUUCCCCAUACACAGUGUGCGCGGCGUACAGAGUCCCGGGGACGAUGACGGCGGCGAGCCGCCGGCGAAUGUCAAGUACGUGAUCGCGGGCAUCAUACUGGUGAUCAUUGCGCUUGCCUUCGUUGGCAUGGUGCUCAGCACACAGCGAAAGCGUGCCCAUGGCGUCACCUGGUUCCCGGAGGGCUUCCGUGCACCGGCGGCCGUCAUGUCCCGGCGUCGUCGCGAUCCCCAUGGCCAGGAGAUGCGCAACCUCAACAAACAGGUGGCCAUGCAGUCACAGGGCGUCGGCCAGCCGGGCGGCCACUGGUCGGACGAUGAGUCCGAUAUGCCGCUGCCCAAGCGGCAGCGCAGCGAUCCCGUCUCCGUCGUCGGUCUGGGCAACAAUGGGGGCUAUGCCAGCGAUCAUACGAUGGUCAGCGAUUACGAGGAGGCCGACCAGAGGGUCUGGUCGCAGGCCCAUCUGGAUGUGGCCGAUGUGCGGGCGAUUAUGACGCCGCCCGCCCAUCAGGAUGGCGGCAAGCACGAUGUGGAUGCUCGCGGCCCCUGCGGCCUCACACCGCUCAUGAUUGUGGCGGUGCGCGGCGGCGGCCUGGACAGCGGCGAGGAUAUUGAGAAUAACGAUGACAGCACCGCUCAGGUGAUAUCCGAUCUGCUGGCCCAGGGCGCCCAGCUGGACGCCACCAUGGACAAGACGGGCGAGACGUCGCUGCAUCUGGCCGCACGAUAUGCCCGGGCGGAUGCCGCCAAGCGACUGCUCGAUGCCGGCGCCGAUGCCAACUGUCAGGACAAUACGGGCCGGACGCCACUGCAUGCCGCUGUCGCGGCCGAUGCCAUGGGCGUCUUUCAGAUACUGCUCCGGAACAGGGCCACCAAUCUGAAUGCGCGCAUGCAUGACGGCACCACGCCCCUGAUACUCGCCGCCCGUCUUGCCAUCGAGGGCAUGGUCGAGGAUCUGAUCACCGCCGAUGCGGACAUCAAUGCUGCGGACAAUUCGGGCAAGACGGCGCUCCAUUGGGCCGCUGCCGUCAACAAUACGGAGGCGGUGAACAUUCUGCUGAUGCACCAUGCCAAUCGCGAUGCCCAGGACGACAAGGACGAGACGCCGCUGUUCCUGGCCGCCCGCGAGGGCAGCUACGAGGCGUGCAAGGCCCUCCUGGAUAACUUUGCCAAUCGCGAGAUCACCGACCACAUGGACCGACUGCCCCGUGACGUGGCCAGCGAGCGUCUGCACCACGACAUUGUCCGGCUGCUGGACGAGCAUGUGCCCAGGUCACCGCAAAUGCUCAGCAUGACGCCGCAGGCGAUGAUCGGCUCACCGCCGCCGGGCCAACAGCCGCAGCUGAUCACACAGCCGACGGUGAUAUCCGCUGGCGCUGCGGGCAAUGGCGCCGGCCAUGGCGCUGGCAAGCAGAGCAACCAAACGGCCAAACAGAAGGCCGCCAAGAAGGCAAAACUGAUCGAGGGCAGCAGUCCCGACAAUGGCCUCGACGCUGCCGGCAGUCUCAGGCGGAAGGCGAGCUCAAAAAAGACAAAUGCGGCCUCAAAAAAGGGGGCCAUGAACGGGGGGACGAGCCUCAAUCCCGUACAGCUGAUGAGUGGAUCAACGACGGGCACGGGAACGGGUGCGAGUGUGGGUGCGGGUGCGGGUGCAGGUGCAGGUGCGGGGGCACCAAACCAACCGCCAGCAGCCACAACCGCCUCGCUGCUGUCGGCGGCAGGGGCCGUGAUGGCCUCGGAGCUGGAUGCCUCCUCGCCGCUGGGUGUGAACGGCAUGAACGGCAACCUGCCCAGCCCCUACGACACGAAUUCAAUGUACUCGAACGCCAUGGCCGCGCCACAGCCCAGCGGACCCAAUGGGGCCAAACAGCCGCCGAGCUAUGAGGAUUGCAUCAAGAAUGCGCAAUCGCUGCAAUCACUGCCACCGGGCAACGGCCUGGACAUGAUCAAGCUGGAUAACUAUGGCUACUCGAUGGGCUCGCCAUUUCAGCAGGAGCUGCUGAAUGGCCAGGGACACGGCAUGAAUGGCAAUGGGGGUGGCAGCAUCGGCAUCGGCGGCAAUCGCAAUGGGAAUGGCAUGUGCGGUGGACUCGUCGGUGGCCUGACGGGUGCCGGCAGCAGCAGCAGCCAUGAGCAGGGACUCAGUCCGCCCUAUUCGAAUCAGUCGCCGCCGCAUUCGGUGCAGAGCAGUCUGGCCCUGUCGCCACACGCCUAUCUGGGCUCGCCAUCGCCAGCAAAAUCACGUCCUAGUUUGCCCACAUCACCGACGCACAUACAGGCGAUGCGGCAUGCCACACAGCAGAAGCAGUUCGGUGGCAGCAAUCUGAACAGCUUGCUGGGCGGUGGCCAGGUUGGGCCACAGAGCUCACCAGUUAGUCUGGGCAUCAUCUCGCCCACGGGCAGCGAUAUGGGCAUUAUGCUGGCCCCGCCCCAAUCAUCCAAGGGCAGUGCAAUAAUGCAGACGCUAUCCCCACAGCAGCAGCAACAGCAGCAGCAGCAGCAACAGCAACAGCAGCAACAGCAGCAGCAACAGCAGCAACAUCAGCAGCAGCAGCAGCAACAGCAGCAGCAGCAGCAACAGCAGCAACAACAGCAGCAACAGCAGCAGCAGCAGCAGAUUGGAGGCCUGGAAUUCGGUUCAGCAGGUUUGGACUUGAAUGGAUUUUGUGGAUCUCCGGACUCAUUUCACUCGGGUCAAAUGAAUCCGCCUUCGAUACAAAGUUUAAUGUCCGGAUCAUCGCCAUCGACCAACAUGCUAUCACCGUCAUCGCAGCACAAUCAGGCCUUCUAUCAGUACCUAACGCCGCCCAGUCAGCAUUCGGGCGGACACACGCCGCAGCAUCUCGCGCAGACAUUGGACAGCUAUCCCACACCCUCGCCAGAAUCGCCCGGACACUGGUCGUCAUCGUCGCCCCGUUCGAAUUCGGAUUGGUCCGAGGGCGUGCAAUCGCCGGCGGCCAACAAUCUGUAUAUCUCGGGUGGCCAUCAGGCCAACAAGGGAUCCGAGGCCAUCUACAUUUGACCGCUGACGGACGACUGCCUGAAUGCCGCCUAACAGCGGAUCUGCACACACACACACACACACACACACACACAGCUGGAACGACGAACCGAACGGUGGUGCAUGCGACUCUUAAAGAGUCACCUGUGGGGACUGCGUUCUAUAUCUAGAUCUAUACAUUAAAAAAAAAGCUAAUAAUUUUUUUUUUUUUGGCAAGCGCUCUUUUUUUUAGUGUCUGUUUAGGGUUUAAGUUUUAAUAGUAAUAAUACAUAACAAAAGGCGACACAGAGAAAGAGAGAGAGAGAGAGAGAGAGAUGGGAACGUAAUAAUUUGUAAUAAUUUAAAUUAAUUUUUAAUGAUUGUUGUACAGUGCGCGUUGAAAUCGGAUGAUCUAGAUCGCAUAUAUAAAUUUAUAUAUGUGUACACAUAUCUACCCAUAUAUAUAUAUACAAAUUACAUAUGUAGAUAACUUUUACCCAGCUAGGCUACAUACUAUGUAGACUAAGAGGUCGUUUUUGUGGCGCAUUUGAUUUGUCGUAACGUCAUCGUCGUCGCGCUUCCAGUAACAAAACAAACAAACAAAACAAAAACAAAAACUUAAAAAAAAAAUAAAACAAAACAAAAGAAAACAAAACGAAAAGAAAGACAGAAACCGAAAACCUUAAACUAGCGAAAAUUCUGAACAAAAAGUGUAAUUGGCAUUCGAUUCUGUUCAGAUAUAUAUAGCUAUAAGAUAUAAGUGCCCCCAACACUCCUCUCCCUUCCCUAUGCCCACAAACAUACACACACACAUACGGAUAUAUACAUACA